CGGAGAGAAAAAUGGCGGCGCCCAUGAGCGAGGGGUGUCCCGCCUUGGAGCCUGGCGCUGCUCCUUACGGCAACUUCCCUAAUUAUUCCCGCUUCCACCCGCCCGAGGGGCGAGUCAGCCUCCUGCCUGGCGGGCUCUUGCAGAGCCUGUUCCCCGCCGCGGCCCGCCCGCUGCUGGGGCUCGAUGUGGGGUGCAACUCGGGGGAGCUAAGUGUGGCUCUGUACAGGCAUCUCCUUGGCCUUCAGGAGAGCAAAGGCUGCCUGGACCAGCCUGCAGCUGGAAAGGAUCUAAACCUUCUGUGCUGUGACAUUGAUCCAGUGUUGAUUGAGAGGGCUCAGCAGUGCAGCCCCUUUCCUGCCUCCAUAUCCUUUGCCAACCUGGACAUCAUGGACUCCAGUGCCCGGGAGCCAAUCCUGCGCUCCUACCUGGGCCGUUUUGGCCGCUCCACCUUUGACAUGGGUUUUUGCAUGUCUGUGACCAUGUGGAUCCACCUGAAUCACGGGGAUAGUGGCCUGAUGGAGUUCCUGUCCUUCCUCUCCUCUCUGUGCAAGUACCUGUUGAUUGAACCUCAGCCGUGGAAGUGCUACAGGGCAGCUGCACGCCGCCUGCGGAAGCUGGGCAGAAAUGACUUCGAUCACUUCCGAUCUCUUGCUAUUAAUGGGGAUAUGGCAGAGAGGAUAACCCAGAUCUUAACGAAGGACUGCGCCAUGGAGCUGGUGUGCUGCUUUGGGAGCACCAGCUGGGACAGAAGCCUCCUGCUUUUUAAAUCAAAUGGCUCAAAUCAUGAGGGCAGGGAGUCUUCAGAACAGGAGCAGUGACUGACAAAUGGCCUCUGACAUUCAUGAAUUCACAGGCAAGGAGCUGCUUGCUGUUUACAGGGUCAGAUCUAGGAAUUUGUAAAUCCCUAUUGGGACCAGACCUUGACCGACCUAGGAAGUUUGAGGCAAGUAAUGUCUGUGAUUUUUUUUUUUUUUUUUCUUUCUAUCUGCAAAAGGUGGUGGUGGUUUUAACCUACGUUGUGGGUUCUGAGACUGCUGUUCCUAGAAAGUGCUCUUGAAAUCAAAGUUGCUACAUACAUGCUUUUUAUGUGUACCAAGAAUAUUCCCUGGAAGAAGAGAGAACAUGCCUUUUUUGUCCCUGGGGCUUUUCAAGGAAAGGGAACAUUUCUGUUGACCCGUGCGAUGCACUCAUCGUUCUGCUUCUUGUCAUAUUUUCUGUAUAAAAUGCUCUUGGAAAACACAUAGCCUGGUUUACCAGCUAUGAACAAGUGAGUUGGAUUGUUGCAGAGGGUGUCUGGGUGACAGGGUGCCCAGAGAGGUGGUAGGUGCCCCACCCCUGGAAACAUUCGAGGUCAGGCUGGAUGGGGCUUGCAGCAACCUGAUCUUGUUGAAGAUGUCCCUGCUCAUGGCAGGGGGGUUGGACUGGAUGGCCUCUAAAGGUCCCUUCCCACCCAAACCAUUCUGUAAUACUGGUCAGGCUGUGAUCAAUGCACCUUUGCAGAUGGGGCUUGCCUGAAGUAUGCUUUGGAGGUUGACAGUGAUGUGAUCUUUCUGUGGAGUGAGGGCCUUCUAUGGUAGGGCGUGUGUUCAUUUAAGUGUAUAACAGAGUGAGUGCUUUUUGUAAUAAUAUCCUUGAAAUAAAAAUAACUUAAUUAUAUUGUAA